AUGGCAGACGAGCCUGCCAGCGAGGAUUUGCCUAAAACAACAACAACUCGUUCCCCGGGUGGGCUUGCUGAUGCAGAAUACUAUUGGAGAGAUCAUCAGCAGUGGCUAGAACAAUGCGGCUACUUGCUUCGUCCUCGAUACAAGCCUGAGUGGGUGCCGUCCUGGCGGGGCACCAAGAAGCAUUUUCGCGACUGUGAGGAUGGUCUCGUACUGGAGCAUCCGACCAUUAUAGACGCAACGAGAGUCUCCGAUGGUGCACUAGUAUCUCUGAAGAAGAUUUCUACUUCUGUCCAUCCUUACGAAGUAGAAAUUGGGCAAUACCUGUGCUCCGAAGAGCUAAUAGCAGAUCCAAACAACCACUGCAUACCGCUUUACGACGUCCUCCAAGACCCAGAUGAGGAAAACGUGACUAUCGUGGUAAUGCCUUUGCUCAGGGAAUGUGACGAUCCCGAAUUUAAGACUGUUGGCGAAGUCGUCGAGUUCAUUCAACAACUUAUUACCGGACUGAAAUUCAUGCAUGCCUACCAUGUCGCUCAUCGGGAUAUCAUGCUACCGAACGUCAUGUUAGAUCCCAAGCCAAUGUUUCCGGAUAUGUAUCAUCCCCGCAGGCGUAACAGGAGACUAGAUUUCAAGGGCACAGUUAAGCAUUACUCCCGCACAGAGCGCCCGACGAAGUAUUAUUACGUCGAUUUUGGUCUGUCGCGCAAAUACAACCCCGAAGACGGUUCACCCCGCGAACUGCCCAUCUUGGGCGGGGACAAAAGCGUGCCGGAAUUUCAAGGUGAAGGAUACGACAUAGCUGUAGACCCGUUCCCAACAGACAUAUACUAUCUCGGAAAUCUCGUACGAAUGGCAUUUCUGCAGCAAUAUGAUAACUUCCAGUUCCUGCAUGCACUCGUCACAGACAUGGUCCAAGAUGAUCCGCAGAAACGCCCGUCUAUUGAAGUUGUCGCCUCUCGAUUUACAGAGGCCACAUCUAAGCUAUCCGCUCGGACUCUCCGUGGUCGUCUCAGAGAGCGGGGAGAAUCAGUCAUUAUCCGCUUUUUCCGAGGUCUCGAGCACGUUUUUCGGACGGCGAAGUACGUCGUGAAGCGAUUACCUCCAGUUCCUACCCCUCCCGCAUAGGCCUCACACCUACUUGUUUUUGGAUUGCACCUAUACCCUAUUGCUUUCGUACUUAUACUCAGUGUUUUCGACAUUCUAUACAUGCUUCUGCCGCUGUUGCUCGUUUGAUGUUCUUGUGCUUGCUUCAUAUCGAGCCAUCAUUUCGCGUGGGCACAAGAAUGAAAUUAGGUCGCUU